AUGGAACUUGAUGGAAGCGAAGUGACUUGCUUGGAAUCCUUAGCAAGGAAGCUCAAGAGGGUGGGAACUCGGCCACAGUCCGGGAGUCUGGGACUCCGAUGCCCUUUAGCAGGCGUGAAGACCCCUUUGUGGAGGAAGGAGGUGGAGGAUCCUGAGGCCAGGGAGGAGGAACUGGAGGACGAUUCUUCGUCGUCGUCCUCGUCGUCGUCGGUGGAGGAGAAGUCGGACCCUGAGAGCGCGAUAACUGGAGAGCCGGAGGAGGACACCCGAGACGCGGAUGAGCGCGAGGCCCGCUCCGUGUCCUACAGUCCGCUGCGCCAGGAGUCCAGCAGCCAGCAGGUGGCGCUGCUGCGACGCUCGGACAGCAGCUUCUGGGGCUGGCUCAGCCCGUUCGCUCUGCUAGGUAGCCUGGCGGCCCCCGCGGACAGGAAGCGGGGUGCCCCGGAGGAACCGUGCGUGUUGGAGACGCGGCGGCGGCCACCGCGCCACGGAGGCUGUGCGCGCUGUGAGAUCCUUUUCUGCAAGAAAUGCAAGACCCUGCACAGCCACCCGGCCUACGUGGAGCACUGUAUUUUUGAGCACCCUGAUCUGGGUAUGGCGGAGGCCGCCGGCAGCUCUGAGCUCAUAUACUCCCAGCCUCUGCGCCCGCAAUGCUCCAAACUCUUCUAUCUCUAAUGAGUUCCACAGAACUGUCCCUUCAAGCGCCUCCUUCUGGUGAGAAGACCCACUGUCGGUUCACUGUUCCACCUGCUGUCUUGUGGAACUGUAGCGGAAACUAGGCACUCAGUCUCCCCAGACAGUACCCAGCACCCACGGCUUUCCUGACCCUCACGUCUUCAACACAGCCUUACCUGUGUCAUUUUUAGGUUCUCUGGUCUCUCUCCAGGCAUGGCCUGGAGAAAAAUAGUCUUGGGGUUCCCUCAGCCCUCUUAAUAAAUUGCCUCUUUCCCUCUUAA